AUUAUCUUUCGCGAAAUAUUGGUAAGUUUAUUCGUUGAACCGUCAAAAUUACGUGUUUAUUUACAAACUUCUCCGGAGAUUCUGUCAUGAUACGAAAAAAAUGGAUAAAAGUUUAGAGAAUGAAGCGAAACAUGCGGCUGAACGAGGAGUUGUGUACGAUAGUGAAAGACACUAUAAACAAGCGAUAUGUUACUACAAUGUCGCAGCUUGUUUAUUGUCGAAAUUACCGGAAAAUUCGCCAAUUGCUUCGAAGGCCGACGAGUAUCGUGAGAGAAUUGUCCAGUUGCAGAAAAUUAUUGAUGAGGAAGAAGAAAAGAAACCACAGCAUGCUCGUGAAACCGCAUUGCACAAGUGCAAAUACCUUCUUAAUGAAGCUCUCAAUGAGGAUGAAGCAGGUUGGAAACACACAGCGGUGACCCUUUACAUUGAAGCUGCUCAAUUAGGAUUGAACACAAGAAAACAAUUAAAUGAUGCUGCUACAAAAGAGAAAUUGAAAGAAAUAACAGAGCUGGCUAUAGCCAGGGCUGAGUCGCUAGAAGGAAAAAAUAAAAAUAGUGAUCUCGACAAUUCUCUGGCUCUUUUACAAAAUCUACCUCCAGUACCAGAAACUAUUUUACCAUGUCCAACCACAGCCGUAAAUAAUUCAUCAACAUCAUCUUCAUCUCCGGUGUCGUUUGUCACCCAAGAUUCACCAGCAAAACCGUCUUUGCAUCGUGGCAGUAGUGCUCACUUGAAAGUGAUGGGUCCUGUUGGUAAUUACACCGAAGAAGAGAAGAGAGUAUUAUAUCAUUCAUCGCACAUAAACGACAACGAAUUUGUACCGUUUAUGAAAGGUGAUCUUACGGAACGUUUUAAAUUCAACAAUCUAUUUACCGACCGUGAUGGAUUAUUAGAACUAGCGCCUAAGCAACAAAUUGAUUUUGCACAUUGGGCAAGACCCAGUGAAAUCUUCUCUCACGAAUCUUCGGGACCUGUUAUGGUGAUGGGAAAUCAUGUUGAUUACUACAGCAUCAAACAAACCGUCGUUUCUGAUUGCUCUUUCGUAGCUUCUUUAGCCGUAAGCGCACAGUACGAGAAAAGGUUCGGUCGUGCUCUCAUCACGUCCACCAUUUAUCCUCAAACAAAAAAUAACAAACCUGUCUACAAUCCUUACGGAAAGUACAUGGUGAAAUUGCACAUUAAUGGUGUGAAACGAAAAGUUAUUAUCGACGAUCUCUUGCCGAUUGGACGUGACAAUCAAUUACUGUGCUCGUACUCAAGUAACCGAGGUGAACUGUGGAUUUCUUUGCUCGAAAAGGCAUACAUGAAAGUAAUGGGUGGAUAUGAUUUUCCUGGUUCGAACAGUAACAUAGAUUUGCACGCGCUGACAGGUUGGAUUCCGGAGCGAUGGGCGAUCAGACCAACCGAGCCGGACUUCAACAAAGACGGUCUCUUCCGGAAUCUCUUGACGAGAUGGCCCAAAGGCGAUGUCCUUGUGACCGUAGCAACCGGAGAAUUAUCCGACCCAGUUGCAGACAAAACGGGCCUUGUACCUACGCACGCUUACGCUGUUCUCGAUGUUAAACAAAUCAACGGCACAAGACUUUUGCAGCUCAAAAAUCCUUGGUCUCAUCUAAGAUGGCGUGGCAACUAUUCCGAGCAUGAUGCCCAUCACUGGACUCCAGAUUUAAGAAGGACUCUUAAUUACGAUCCUGACUCAGCAUCACAAUUCGACAACGGAAUAUUUUGGAUCGAUUACGACAGUAUAUGUCAAUUUUUCGAUGUAUUUUAUCUCAAUUGGAAUCCCGGCUUGUUCAACUAUACUUACUGCAUUCAUCAGAUGUGGCAAGCUGGCGUUGGACCAAUCAAAGACAGAUACAACAUUGGGUGUAACCCUCAAUUUUCAUUGGAAGUUCAGCCAGGCGUAACCGGUGCUAUUUGGAUACUUUUAACUAGACACAUCACGGACAUUGCCGAUUUUCGACAAAAUCAAGAAUACAUCACUGUGCUCGUUUAUAAAAAUGAUGGAAAGCGCGUAUAUUAUCCAUACGAUCCUGCACCGUACAUCGACGGUGUCCGCAUAAACAGUCCGCACUAUUUGUCCAAAAUAAAAUUGGAUUCGCAAAGCGAGUCGCGCUACACUCUAGUCGUAUCUCAAUAUGAGAACAUGAAUACAAUUUACUACACUCUUCGCGCUUAUGGCACGUGCCCUUUUAUUCUGCGUAAAAUUGAGGAUCCUUACAGAUUCGAGAAAGAGAUUACGGACGGCCGUUGGGCCGGCGAAAGUGCAGGAGGCUGCCCAAAUCAUCCUACAACUUAUUGCUACAAUCCUCGUUACCAGCUGAUUCUCGAAGGCCCAACUAACAAUAAUCACUUGCUAAUUACUCUAAAAGGUCCGAAGCAAUAUAAAAUUGGAUUUGAUUUAAUUGGAGCUUCUGAUAGCACUACCGAUUUCGGUAGACAAUCAUCGGGACCUUAUCGACCCGGCUUUACUUAUCUCGAACUCGAAAACGUGCCGGGAGGAACAUACAAUAUUAUUCCGUCCACCUAUUUGCCGGGGCAAGAAGGGCCUUUCUUUCUAACCUGUAAAUCUUCUUGUGAAAUGCACAUUACACGUACACAAUAAUAAUAUAACCGAAAAUAGAAAAGCUGACUGUCGCAGGAACAACAAUAAUUAUAAUUGAUUAUAUUAAUAAAGAUUUUAAAUUUGUUACGUA